AUGAAUCAAUUUUAUGGAAAUUCUUUUAACCUGGAUGACCCUUCCACUGGAGUUAAUCAUUCUCUUCACUUCAACCCAAAAGCAACAAAACAUUUCUCUAAUACAAUAACUGUUAAACAAGAAGUGAAUGAGUAAAAUUUACAAUGUAAUAUAUAUCUCUUCUUAUCCAUUGUUCAUGGCAUCAAACGAUUGAAUAAACUAUUUGUUUAGACCUGCUUCAACAGAGAUCAGUUCCUCCAUUUAUUUGACACUUAACAAUACUCCCUCUUACUUUACAAAGUUCUCUAAAUUGUAAAUCAAUAUUUCAACGAUGACAACACAAAGAUUCAAUAUGAAAAACACGCAAUAAAUAAGUCAUGGCACUCCUCUGACCAAAAACCAUAUCAACCCCAACCAUAGCCUCUACAAACACAAAACAAUAGCGAUAAGUUUUAAUAGAUGAUCAAGAAAAUUAUUUCAACUGAUUUAGAUCCGUUAAAAUCAUUGAUUCAUAAAGUUCAGGAUUAAAAUCGAACUUAUUAAUAUUCAUAAACCAAAGUUAAUAAUACCCCCCAAGUGUCAUUCCACCAAAAUGAGAAAAUUAUGAAAUCGAGUUCUUUGAAAGAUUAAUUGAAAGAUAAAAUAGCCAAAUUGACUAUGUAGAAUACAUACCUUUGCAAGGAGAAAGUAAUAAAAACCAAUUCAGAUUCUAUUCAAUAUACAUAAAACAAUAUCGCCAUUAAUGAAUCUAUGAAUGAGAAGCAAUUCGAAAGAGAAAUAGUUUAAAAACAAAAUAAAACCAACUUUGGACAACAAAUUUUAUUUAAUAAUCUAGUCCAACAAGAAGAUUAACUAAUGUCUUUCUAAAAUAACGGUAAAUAGCAAAAGACUAUUCAGGAAUCAAUGCCGAUCUUUGUUCAAAACCAAAAAACAGAUUUUGCAGUCCAAACAUCAGAUUAAUAAAUAGAUGGAUAAUAAUAAAUUCAACCGAGAGGCGAAGAGUUAAAAUACUACUAGAAUCAAGAAGACAACACUUAAAACAAUCUUCACACAAGUUGCAAUGAUCAGAGUGUCAAGAGACAGGAACUUACAGUGAAUAGGGUAAGGUAUUGUCAGGAAUGCAAAAAUAAAAAUAAGUACAGUAAUGUUGCUUCCAGUGCUUCUCCUUAAAAAAGUGAUAGACGCGAAAUCUAUUCAAUUGAUUAUGUGCAGCAUAAAAGAAAGAUUGGGAGCACUUGUACAAAUAGAAAUUUCAAUAUUUUAACUAAUGCUCAAUUAGGAUGA